CACAGGUGCCUUCAGUCAGUCGGUCAGUCGUUCAUUCAUUCAGUCAGUCAGUCGGUCGGUCGGGUUUUACCCUUCAUUCCGCUUUAGACCCUCAUGAGCCUCAAUCAUCCGGACCGGCCGAACUCUCUUUCUCUUUUUAUCGCAAUGCAAGAGCGUUUUCGACCUCAAUCUGUGGAGAAAAUGGAGAUGAAACUGUGAUGCUGAGGCACGUCAGUGCGCGACAUUAACACCAGGCGAUCGAAUUAUCAAACUUCAGGAUUCGGAUCAACGGAGUUUGUCCGAACAUGCCCGGAGAAGGAUCCGGUUCUGCGCUGGACGACGGGAAAGUUUCACCGAUCAUUUGUGAAGAUGAACUCAUGAGCAGCGGCCGCUACAUACUCGACGGGCUCGGAUCCAAUCGAUAUUUCAUGAUGGGCUCAACGCAGCAAACGCAGGAAAGUUCGAGUCCGUGUUCCUUGUUUCCGUACACGGGCCAAACGGGAGGCGUGUACGCCGGUUCGGAUGGAUCGCGGUACGCGGCAUCGCUGCACUACGGCUCCGUGCUGCCGUCCGCGGGCUUCUGUCAGUCACUGUGUGCAGGACGCGGCGAGUUCGGCACGAGCUAUCAGUUUGGACACGGUUCUGGAAACACCUACCACUCGUAUCAAGGCUCCGGGUCCGGCAUCGGCUCCAUGGCUCUUCCCGGAGCGGGACUCCGAGCUCAGGUGUAUCUCUGCAACCGACCGCUGUGGCUCAAAUUCCACCGGCACCAAACAGAAAUGAUCAUCACCAAACAGGGCAGGCGGAUGUUCCCAUUUCUAAGUUUCAAUAUUACCGGCUUGAGCCUGACGACGCAUUACAAUGUGUUUGUGGAGAUUGUUUUAGCGGAUCCAAACCACUGGAGAUUCCAGGGCGGGAAGUGGGUCACCUGCGGGAAAGCCGACAAUAACAUGCAAGGGAAUAAGAUUUACAUCCACCCCGAAUCGCCGAAUACAGGCGCUCAUUGGAUGAGACAAGAAAUUUCUUUCGGUAAACUGAAGCUAACAAACAACAAGGGAGCAAAUGCCAAUACUGCACAGAUGAUUGUCCUUCAGUCUCUACACAAGUACCAGCCGAGGCUUCACAUCGUUGAAGUGUCGGACGACGGGACUGAAAGCACAGGACGAGACUCUAAGACUCAGAUCUUCACCUUCCCUGAGAACCAGUUCAUUGCUGUUACAGCGUAUCAAAACACUGAUAUCACUCAACUCAAGAUCGACCACAAUCCUUUCGCAAAAGGCUUCAGAGAUAACUAUGAUUCGAUGUACACACUUCCGGAGCGUGAAAGACUGACGCCGUCGCCGGCGGACUCACCACGGACGCAACAGAUCGUACCGAGCGCACGCUACGCCAUGCAGCCGUUUCUUCAGGAUCAGUUUGUCAGCAAUCGUCUGUACAGCAGCGAACGGACUGUGCCGCAGACCAACAGCAUGCUUUCUCCUCCGGCGGACGAUGCUGCCGCCACACAGCGCUGGCUGGUCACUUCAGUGCAGCAAACCAGCGGCAGCAAGCUGGAGUUGACGGCGUACGAGGGCGAUUAUUCCAGCUCCUUGUUACCGUACAGCUUCAAAUCCUUACCUCUGCAGAGCGCACACUCGCUGGGCUACUAUCCAGACGCCGCCUUCGCAUCCGUGACUGCCGGAUGGAGUUCAAGAGGCUCCUACCCGAGGAAAGUGACAUCUGGCUUGCCGUGGUCACCCAGGCCGAGUCCCACGGACUUCACUGAUGAACACAUGCCUGACAAGGACAAAUCUCGGGAGGAAAGCACAUUCAGUCAGAGCUGGAUGGAGGGCGCAGCAUCUUUGAAGCCUUCGGACUCUACAGAACCGAGCAUUUACUCGGUCGUGUGCAAAAGGAGGCGGAUUUCCCACAGCGAGUCUGGGACAGAAAACUCUCCCACGGUCAAGUGUGAAGUGUCGGAAAACUUCAACAAGGACAGUUCCUCCAGCUCCAAGGCUAUCGGCUGUUACGCGUUCUAUGCCAGCAGCUAGAGAGUCUGUUUUAAAGCUUCUCUGAUUUGGAUCAGGACCGUUCGAAUUUAUCAAUUUGAUCCUUUUGUAAUUUAUUAAAAUCUCACCCUAAAGCAAAUUGUUUCUGUGCACGUCCAAAGUCAGAUAUGUCAUUUUGAAAAUGCUGUUAUGUGUAUUAAACAACUGUUUUGGAUUGG